UGGGCUAUUUUCAGGUGCGGUGGAGGACAGAGUCGUCUUUCUGGAAUUAAACUUUCAUCUUUGCUCUCCUGAACCUAAUCCCCUGUGCAAAUAUUGACUCACUUCUUCAUUGGCGGUCAGCUUAGCUUCAUAAUGUUCUAUUUGAUCAUAUCGAUUGCCUCGCUAAAUGUGUGCACAUCAAUGGAUAACACAUUGAUCACCUGAUCGCCUACAGGACAGCUGAUGCUAAGACACACAAACGAUAUUAACAUGCUAGCGUAACAUGCCAACGCCAAACAACUUAUUCGCUACUUUUGACCUUCCCGUCCCCCCGUAGGGAUAUGGGGCGGGGUCACAUCCCUCGCACUCCGUGGGAAACUCCUUUGACUGGCUACGGCUGGAUGUUCACGUGCAGCCUGAGUGGCUUAGAAGCUGCGCACAAACAAUUUGCGCACAGGGUGGCGAGCACGGCAUCAGGAACGUGCGCGUCCACGCGAGUGAGCCCAGAUGAGGUGAACGUCUCCCCCGCCCCCCCACCACCCAGCGCCGCCGCUCAGCGUGGUGGGAGUCGACUGGCCAGUGUUCCAGCAGGAGCGACAUGCAAAAGCUAAGCAGCUAACUGAAGCUGACCCCGCCCCACCCGACAUGCCGACGGACAUGGCGCCACCCCUGUACCUCUCCAAUGAGGACUUUGUCUACAGGAGCGGCGCCCCCCCAACCUCCCGCUGUCACUUGGAGGAGGCGGCGCAAGCCGGAGGGAAGGUGAAGAAGCAGGUGACCUUCGCUGACCAUCGAGGUCUACCGCUGACCAGGGUCAAGGUCUUCUCCCAGUUGAAGGAUCCCAUCCACAUCCCUCUUGACAUCCGACGGACGGCAAGCACUGCGCCCGGCGCCAAAGACGACAAGCUGGUCUUGGACUUCGGCCAGCCGUCGUCGGACUACGUGCACUUCCGCCAGCGUCUGGAGAGGAACUGCGUCUGCCUGGAACACUGCGUGCUCAAGGAGGAGGCCUUGGCGGGAACCGUCAAGGUCAAGAACCUGUCCUUUGAGAAGCGGGUCAAGCUCCGCGUCACCUUUGACUCCUGGGAGAGCCACUCGGACGUGGACUGCACGUAUGUGAAAGACUCGUACCCCACGCGCUACAGCGACACCUUCUCCUUCCAGCUGAGCCUGCCGGAGCUCCUCCACCCUCACCAGCACGUGGAGUUUGCCGUCUGUUACCAGGUGGGCGGGGACGAGUACUGGGACAGCAACCACGGCCACAACUACCGCGUCGUGUGGGCGUCGGCCAAGCGGCCACACUUUGACUCAGGGAUCCACCUGGACCGGUUCGGCAGUCCCAUCUGCGGACACGGCAUCUUCCCCGAGUGGCCGAGUUACGCCGGCUAUGAGAACGUGGGGCCGUACUACUGAGACGCUUUCAUUGAAAUAAUCCAGUAGGUUUUAAAUUUUUCCAAACCCCACCUUUUUAAAUGGGAAUAUUCAUAUACAAACAAAUAUUAUUUGUCUUCAUUUGCCUUUUAUUCAAAUAAACAUUUACAAUAAAAGGCAGUUUUGCUCAUAUUUGCUCCCGAUUUACUGUAUGUUUUAUUUGAUUUACUGUAUGUAUUAUUUAGUCCAAGUAAUCAUGAAUAAAAACACGAGUCGUCCUAC